CCUUUAUUCUCUGUUACAAAAGCUUGCCUCGAUAUAACUACAUCUGCCAAAAUGACUCUAAGUGGACAGACUGCCCUCGUUACCGGGGCCUCAAUGGGCAUCGGUGAAGCAACAGCAAGAGCCCUAGCCAACGCCGGUGCAAAUCUGAUUCUUCUCUCCCGCUCCGAGGACAAACUAUCCAAACUCACAGACGAGUUAAGCAAGCAACACCCUCAGAUCAAGGUGAUCUACCGAACAGCCGAUGUAGGAAACUACGAAGAAGUCGAUGCAGCGGUCGAUUCAUCAGUCAAAGAACUCGGUGGCAUCGACAUCCUCAUCAACAACGCCGGCCUCGCCAUCGGUGCACCAAACGCCUUCCACAACCUCAAAAUAUCAGAAAUCCAAACAAUGAUCUCAACAAACGUCAACGGCCCAAUGUACGUAGCUCACUCUGUGCUAAACCGCAGUAUGCUCUCGCGCAAGGCAGGGACGAUCAUAAACGUCACCUCGGUCACAGGUCUAGAAGUACCUCCUUUUACAGGCGAGGCAGUCUACCAUUCCAACAAAGCGGCGCAAGAGGCGUUCACUAAUUCGUUGCGGAAUGAGUUGAGUGGGACUAAUAUCCGGGUGUUGGCGUUGAGGCCUGGUGUUGUUGCGGGACAUUUCCAUUCUCAACGCAUUGGUCAUGAUCAGGCGCAAUAUGAUGAGUUUUUGGAUGGAUAUACGCCUCUCAUUGCGAGCGAUGUUGCUGAGGCUGCUGUUUAUAUGCUCAACCAGCCUCUUAAUGUCUCUAUUAAGGCUUUGGAUGUUGUUCCUUCCGCUCAACGGUCUCUUACUGUCUUUGAUCGGCAAUGGAAUGAACGUAAUGGGCAAUGAGCCAAGACACUCUAUGAAGGUUGUUUUUGAAAACUGCUGACUGAAACAAACGAAAAAUCGGA